AGAGAGAAAGCGAACCUAAACCAAAAGAGUUGAAACCUUUUCAACCUUCUUCACCUCCGGGUACCUAUCGAUAUAUGUAUGUAUAUAUGUGUGUACAUGCAGGAAAGGUAUUGUGUUCCAGUGGUGAAGGGGGGGUUUGAGUCUAGUCACGCGAACCAUCGUCGUGUAGCAGUCGGGUUCGGAGAACCGCGGUAUUACUUCCGAGGCCAAUCAGUCAGUCUUGCAGAAUGAAGUACACGGCAUGGAUGGUCGUCGCGCUUCUCCAGGAACUCAUAUUCCUUGGGAUGCUUCCUGUCAAUGAAUCACAAAGGACUCAUGCACGGCAGGGCAUUGUUCGCGAGCCGCCAACAGUCAAGCUACCUGGACAGGGUGUCCUCGCCGGAAAGGAGGUCUUGAGCAGAACAACAAGGGUAAUUGUUUACCUUGGCAUCCCUUACGCCCAACCACCAACUGGACCUUUGAGGUUUUCUGCUCCAGUUACCGAUCCACUUCCUUCAUGGCAUGGCACUAGAAAUGCCUCUCAAUUUGCGCCGUCCUGUCUACAAAUCACCGAGAGAAGAAAGUUGCAUGAAAAAUUAUAUAUGCGACUAUUGCCACAGGAUCUUCCAGAUCCUGGUUUCAGCGAAGAUUGCCUCUAUUUGAAUAUUUUUAUUCCCGACGGAAAUCGACCUCCCGAUGGAUGGCCAGUGAUCGUGUGGUUUCACAGUGGAGAUUUUAAUACGGGAACGCCGGCAAUUUGGGAUGCAUCGGUCUUCGUCACCAAGCAAAAGGUAAUAGUCGUGACGGUGGCCUAUCGCCUGAACGUUUUCGGCUUCUUCACAACAAUGGAUGGCGAGGCACCCGGAAAUUAUGGAAUGCGUGACCAGAUAGCGGCUCUCGAUUGGGUGAAAAGCAACAUAGAAUUAUUCGAUGGAUCAUCAUCAAACAUCGUGAUCAUUGGUCAUAGCGCCGGAGCAAUAAGCGUGGGCCUACACAUUCUAAGUCCCUUGAGUCGUGGUAAAUUCACAAAGGCAAUAAUCAUCAGUGGCGAUGCAAUUGGCUCAGUUCGUACACCCGAUCAGGAAGCGUCGGUGGUCGAUUUUAUAACCGAGAAAUUCGGUUGCAAUCGUUAUCCAACCACCGACCUCAUGGUGUGUCUUCGUCGACAGAGAGAUCAGGAUUUAUUGGAUUUCCUCAAAGACAUCGAAACCUGGGGUCCCAUUAUUGACAUCGACACAAACAAUUCAUCCGAUCCAUUUCUGCCCAAAGAUCCAAAGGAAUUAAUAGAGACCGGCAGUUUCACCGCAGUUCCCAUCAUCACCGGUUUCACGAAUAACGAACAAGCUCUGAGUUACAUCGAAUCAAUUGGCAGUGAAAAUGUCGACGGUCGAUUGAAUUCAAAUAAAUUUGAAGAAAUGAUCAGAUACGAUAUCGAGAAUGAAAUUGGAUUACCAGAUGAGAAUGAUACUUGUCAAUCGAAACCGGAAAUUGUCUCCGAAGCUGUUUUAUUCUACUACAAACCACAUCCACCAACCAAGGAUCAAACGGUUUUACGAGAUCGUUUCCUCGACAUGCAAACUGAGAAGAAAUACGCCGCUGGUUUAACAUUCCUUGCGGGUAAAAUAGCAAAACAAGAGGAGGCCUAUGUUUAUCGUUUUGAUUAUCGUCCGAAAACGGAAGUUGUCUCACGUGACGUUCCAAAAUGGGCCGGAGUACCGCACAUGUUCGAGCUUCCAUUUAUCUGGGGUCUUCCCUACUCGAUAAGCACGAAUAUCCAAUGGAAUCCGGCCGAUAAGAAAAUGGCCGAGAGUAUGAUGGCAAUGUUGGCGAAUUUCGCUCGCACUGGUAAUCCAUCGUUGCCAACUGUCAAGUGGGAUCCUUACACCGAGAGAAAUCCCGGACUGUUGAUAAUUAAGGAUAUUAAAUCCGAAAUGAGUGAUUCGAAAAUCAUCGACUAUAAGGCAUUGUCCUUUUGGAAUGAUUAUUAUCCAAGAGUUGUUUACGAAGCGACGCAUAUUUGCUGCAAUAUGACAAGUGGAUCCUCGAGGCAAAUCUCUUCAAUCUACGUCAAUGGGUUUACUUUUUUUAUCUUCAGAAUUGUUUCCAGAUAUUUUUAGUUAUUUUUCUGUUCUUUGAUUCGUAAAAUCGAAAAUUAAAAUUGAAAUUAAAAUUGAAACAAAAGCGAAAAUAAUGAAGACAAAUCAGAAUAUUUAAAGAAGACGGAAGAAAUAAUCAUACAGAAGAUGAAAUAUUUGGUAAACAAAAUAUUUGAUAAACAAAAUAUUUGGUAAACAAAAUAUUUAGUAAACAAAAUAUUUGGUAAACAAAAUAUUUGGUAACUAAAGUCAAAACAACGUAAUUUUUUACAAAAUCCUAAAACAAUGAAAAAGAAACGAAUACAAAGAAGAAUUUUACAAUCCAAUUCUCAACAUUUCAUCCGGAAAAAAACAAUUUUCCAUCUAACAAAACAAGUAUCAACGAUUAAAAGCAAAAAUACUUUUCUUAAGCCAAAAAAUAUUUUCUUCAAUUAACAGAAGCUUUCGACUUCUGCUUUUUUAAAUUAUUUUCCUAAGUUAUUGAUCUAGAAAUGUAAACAUUUUUUUUUUCUACACAAAAAAAAUUCGAAUGGAAAAAUAUUUUCCCCUCAAAAUCGUUGAUUAAGAGAUAGAAAAAAUUGUGAACUCAACUAACGUCGACAUUAAGUGAAUAGUCUAGUCUUUUUUUGAAAGAAACACGGAGAAAAAUACGCUUUACAAUAAAGCGAAGGUCAACAAAACGUCGAAGCGAAAGAAAAAAAAACGAAAUAAUGUAAAUAAAGUAAUUAAUGUGUGUGAAAACUAGAAACAAAUAGUUAGUAAAAAAUGUGUGAAAUGAAAAAUAGAUAGUAAAGAAAUGUGGUUUUUGCAAUAGAAUCAAGAGUAUGAACGAAUCAUUAAAUAACAAUAUUUCUAAACAAUUUUCUAUGAAAUUAUUUCUUUUACUAAAAAAACAAAAUCUACAAACUUA